AUGGCGGGCGCGGAGAGCGACGAUACCGGCGCUGUCUUGGAUCACAUCGUCACCCAGUUUAGCACUUACGAGGAGUAUCUGGACUCUCAGAUCACCACGCAGGACCUCUUUUACCUGGAGAAUGAAGAAAUGGCCCGCCAACUGGUAGAACUGGGUUUUCGAGGAAGUGGAGAAGUCCUGAAAAGGGAAGAUUUCAUCGCCAGGAAAUUAGCUGCUGAAGCCUCCAGGAUCUCAGAGAGACAACAGCAGAAAAUUUUGUCAAGUGCUGGAAAAGAGCUGAAAGAUAAUUUUCUGAAGGCCUUGGCAGAGAGGGAGGAAGCCAACCGUAAUGGCAAAAUAUCUUCCAUAAUCUUCAUUCGUGAUCGAAAUGCCCGCGGCCAGGAGGUCGCUGCCUACAUUGAUUAUGCCCAUCGUUUGAAGGUGGAUGAAUUUGAUGUCUAUUUCAGCGGAAAAAAGAAACUUUUCCCCAGGCGCAGCGAUCUGAGUUUCUACAACUGGGACCGAAACCUCUGCUGCCUGAACUCAAGCCCAAACUACCAGGUGAUUGCAGAAAAUGCAUGUGGCUUACUCUUUAAGAACAAGUCUGACAGGAAGAUCAUUAAUGUGGAUCCCAAGGCAUUUCCUGGAGACAACACAACACGGAUUCCAAUCAAAACAGACCUCUACCUGCAAGUGGUUAUCUAUGACCAUGUCCUCAGAAGAAAAAUCUAA